GUCGGUCUUAUAUGCGAGUAGGAGUGACAGUCACAGUAUGCGAGUAGGAGUGACAGUCACAGUUUAGUUCUUUUGAGUCAGUGUCCUCGAAACGGACGAGAAGUUUAUUUAUUUCAUACCAAAGCAGGAAAUACACUGUUCGGAUGUGUUUUGACACACGAAAUAUAAAACUCAAACAACGUGCAAUCAGUACGCGAUAUAUUUUGACAAACAAUUUAGUAAUCUGGAAUAUUAUUGUAUUAUUGCAUGUUUUUGAAAUGGACGUAUUCGUGCAAACAUGUGCAUUUGGUAUGGUGAUUGUUUACGUCAUGGUGCGCGUGGACUGCCAGACGACGGAAAGGCGGGAUACGGGUCUUGACCUGGAACCGGGUGUGACUGCGUUUAAUACGUGCGAUACUAUGAACUGCCCACCGAACUCCAAGUGCAUUGAAACAUCUGGCUACGUCUCCUGCGAGUGCGAGCAUGGAAAGACUGGCGUCAACUGCACCAUGGACGAUCCUUGCCUAGAAACAAAGGAGAACUGUACCAAAGGAAUGACAUGCUACGGCCCAUGUAACCCCAACGUGCUCUGUGAAGGGCCCACCGGUAUCCCACACUGCGGCGGCUGCAUUCCCGGUUUCCAGGGGAAAAACUGUGACGAGGAUGAAGAUGAGUGCACAAAGUGGGUCGAUACGUGUUAUUUCAACGGUCAGUGCACGAACACAUUUGGUAGCUUCAGGUGCGAUUGCAAGGUUGGCUGGACCGGAGAAGUAUGCGAAAUAUGUUCGCUUUCGGAUACCGAAUGUGAUGCUAUCGGUAGAGGCUCUGUCGAGAGUGCGGACGCAUCUGCAAUGCCUGGAGGUGCCGCGGAGUCGCUUCACAUAGUUCCCGUGUCCAUGGCAUUGACGUUGCCAUUUAGUAUAAUCCUGUCGUUGUUGCUCUCAUGAUCAAUAGCUCCAGAGCGUUAUAUAUUCGUUUAUUAAAAAACAACAACACAUUUUUACACUUUCAAGUGUCUUUAAAUUUCAGUAUAUUUUUGCGUAUUUUUACAAUUAUUGAAUAUGUUAUGCAUAGACGCAGUCGUCAUAUUGUUUCUGUAUACAAGAAAUAGUCGUACAGCUUGCAGAUACCGAAAGGCUUUCUUGCAAGCGCGCUAACUGCUAUUGAAACAAAUACAAAUAAGACACUACUACACAGCAAGGUAUGGAUUUUCCAUAUUCCGCGCAAAGGUAAUUCGUUUUAAAUGAAAAAUAAGUGGCAUCAAUCGAAACAGUAUGCACCACAAGCAAUUUCCAUUGGUACCAAACUAAAUUAAAUUAGCUUAAACAUAUAUUAACGUUCAACUGAACUAACUGCUCAAUGCGAAGCAAAUCAUUUAAUAAAAGUAUUCUAUGUACUGAUUCGGAAUUCGGAACUGUGGUAACUGUAUAUAUGGUGACACGAAAUCCUCGUUUUUGCAAAAGAGACCGAUACGAUGAGUUUGAUGAAAAAAAUAAAUUGUUUAGUUGGCUCCCUUGCUUACAAUAAUCAAGUCAAUGAUGCGAUGGCACGUAUUCUUUUUUUUAAACAAUUGUCUUCUAUAAAAACCAUGUGCCUUUGCUAUAAACAUCCACGGUAUUUUUGCACGUUUCUAUGGUCCUUUUUAUCAUGUUUUUUUUUUAAUGGUGUUUUUUUUUGGUGUUGUAUUUUUCUUGUGAAAAUGUUGUUAGCAUGUUUAUGGUUGUAUUAUUUAUUUAGUAAAACUCAAGUCUGUGCAGAAAACUAUGUACAUAAAUAUGAUAUUUAAUCCUUUUAUUAGGUUGUUGGUCACAUUUCCAGUCAUUAAAAUUCGUGUUUUGUAUGUCGCGAUGCCUUUCAGUUUUGUAUCAGUCUCUGCAUUAAGACGAGAAAUAUCAUAACACUAUUGUUUUCAUUGCCGCAGCUAACAUUUCUGUAUAUAUUACAUGCAUUUGUAAACGUAGAUCAUGAUA